UUAACACGACAAACCCAGACCGAUCUACCGGUAUGCGAACCCGGGGGAAAAGGGGGAAUAAUAACGUAGGCAAGAUGGAUGUUUGUGUUACCAGUGGUGUGACUGUUGCCCCAACUGCACAGCUGGCAGACAGACGAAAAUCACAAGAGUUGGAGAUCUGUAAGAUGAGGCUAGAGUGGCAAAAGGAUAAGACUGAUGAGCUCACCAAAGAAAGAGACUAUCUAAAGGAGCAAUUAGCAGCAUCUCUCUCAAAGGAACCCACAAGUUCUGUCCAGGAUUCCAGUGAGGUAUUGGGCAUAUCUUCACUGUCCUCUGAUGGGUCUUUUGAUGAGAGUUCUGACUCCUCCAUGAGCACAACUGCAUCAGAUGAAGAUAGGAAGAAGAGGAAGAAGGGCAAAGCAAAAAAGCACAAGAAGUCAAAGAAACGUGACCAAAAACAAAGAAAAAGAGUCCAGAAUCCUAAGCAAGUGGUCACCGGUAUAACAAGAUUUUGA